GCUCAUGUCAUUCAUGUCGUUUACGUGGAAUUUUGUGUCAUCAAUAAUAAUAUAACCAAAAUAGAAUUUUUAGGAAAAUAACUCGAAAAUAAUAAUUUAUUACCUUAAUAUGAAACCAAUCAACAAAUUUUCUCUCAUUUGACGAUCACUGAAUCUGAGAAUAGCUGUAGAUAUCCAAAAUUAGAACACAAAAGUAAUCAUGUGGAGCGAACCCGACCCAGAUCCUGGUGGCGAACGUCCAGCAACAUCUGUCAGAGAAAUAACGGAGCUGAAAGAUCAGAAUGAACAACAGCAGGUGCUCAUAGCUCAGCUCAAAGAGAUGUUGCGCAAAGAACAGAGCACAGUUUCUCAAGAAAAAGUUGAGGAAUACAUGAAUACCCUGAGCAAAAUGCAUGCCAAAAAACCACGCACAAAACAGGGUGAAGCUGGUAAAACUGAGAGAGUUGGUAGUACAGGGCCUGAAGGCAUCAAGAGUGAAAAGGUCAAUCUUUUGAAACGACAAUUAGAAGAAAACAAGGCUAAAUUAGCAGAGAGGGGCAUAAGGCAGAAAGGUAUUGAAGAUAUGGUAAGCACCCUGAAAGCACAAUUGAAUGAUUCUCAUCAUGUAAGUUCAACUUCUCUACCAUUGCCUAGUGUUGAUAAAAAUCUGGAAUACAGUAAAACAAGUAGUCAAGAAGAGUUAUACAAUAUUCUGUUAGUGAAGGAAAGGAAAAUAACAGAUUUGCUAGAGAAGAAUCAUAAAAAUGAAUCAUUGAUUCUAGACUUGCAGGAAAAUGUGAAAGAAAAAGAUUCAGUUAUAGAUGCUAGAACUAAAGCAAUCACUUUGAUGACAGAAAGUCUCAGUAAAAAGGGCAAAGACACUUUAGAUGCCUUGGAUGAUACAAAAGACCAAAUGAGGACAAUGCAAGAACAGUUUGUACAACUAGAGGCAGAAAUGAAGGCCAGACAGAUGAAAUUGCUGGAAGACUUGAAAUUCAAGAAUCUGGAAAUAGUGAAACUGCAAGAAAGCAUACAAAACCUCAAUGAGGAAAAAAGUGAAUACCAGAAGCACAGUAACAAUUGUGAAAAAAAUGAUAAUGAAGGUUUUGAAAAAAUUAUCAAAGAUUUACAGGAUCAGUUGAACCAGACAAAUUCUCUCAAUGAAAAACAUUUAGCAACUAUUUCAGAGUUGAACAAGGACCUACAGGAAAGCAAACAUACUAUUGAAGUACUGAAAAACUCUAGUUUUGAAAUGGACAUGGCAGAAAAUCCAACUAACUCAAAUGACAUUGCAAAACUCAAGAAACAGCUUGAUGAAAGUAACAAAAAUAUGAUAAAAAUGAAGGCACAGAGUAAAAGCAAGAUCAAAGAGUUGACAAAGAAGAUUGAUGCUUUCAAAAAAAUCAGUGAUGCAAAUGCUCUAGUUGUUCAAUUGCAACAUGAAAUCACUAGUUUGAAUGAAAAAAUUGCAGUACUAGAGGAAGAAAAGGGGAAUUUGCAGUUGAAAAUGGUGGAAUCUACUGAAUCAACCAAGGAAUCUGCUCAAGAAGGAAAUGAAUUUAUUGAGGAAAACUCCAGAAUACUGGAAGAAAAAGAAAAAGUGAUAUCUCUGUUGGAGUCUGAUGUCAUGUCUCUGAGAGAAGAGAUAAAUAAUUUGAAUGAAAAAGUUGCAAACUCCCAGAAAGUUCAAGUGACUUCUGAAAUGAAUUCUAUUCAGAUAGAGGAAGAAAUUGAUAGGAUAGAGACUGAAAAUAAGAAACUUCAAGAAAUUGUGGAAGAUUUAACUAAUGAUAAGCAUAAUCUUGAACUGAGAAUUGAAGAAUUGGUGAAAGAAAAACAGGAGCUGAACACCAAAUUAGAUAAUUACAUACAGGAAAACAUGGAGCUGAUAGACAAACUGGAAAAGCUCAGCGCGGAAAAAGUCUCGUCAGCCGAAAGCAUAGAAAUAGUCGAGGGCCUAACGCAACAAGAAAAGCUCGAAUUAGCGGCUUACCAAAAAAACGUGGACCCCCACUGUGAAGAGUCCGCCAAAGCGUCUGAAGAUGACCCGAUCGAAACGCCGCGCGAGCUCAACGAGAGUGUCCUUCAGCUGAAGGAGGACUCCGCGGAGCUAUUGAAGAAAAUCGAGAUGUUCAACAUGGAAAGGAAAGAGGUCAUGGUGAAAAUGGAGACGCUCAAAGAGGAGAACGGCCGACUGGCUCUGAAAGUAGACGAGAUCGAGAACAAUCGCGACGUUCUGGCGGAGACUUAUGAGCAGUUGCACACGGAGAAAGAGGAGUUGCAAAGGGAGAAAGAGGAGUUGCAAAGAGAGAACGAGAGUUUGAUGAGUAAAUUGAGUGAAAUUGAAUCUAAAGCUGCCGAGAGCUUGAAGAUUUCAGUAAGAGACGACGCUGAGCUAACUUCUGAGCUCCAGUCGUUGCAAAUGGAGUACGAGAAACUAAAAGAAGAAAAAGAAAACUUGAGACAGACCUUGAAAGAAUUUGACACAAAAGUUCAUGAAAAAGACAACUUAGAAUCCCAACUUAGCGAAUCCAGAUCGAGAAUCGAAGAACUCGAAACUAACCUCAACACUAACCUAGAAGAGAUCAGCAACUACCGGAUGAUCAUCGAAGAAAACAAGAACGAACUAAUCAAUUCUUCCAACAUCAUCAACAGCCUUCAAAAUAUAUUGCGAGAAAGAGAAAAGGACAUAAAAGAAUUAAACAUUAUCAUUAGCGAUUUAAACAAUGUCGUCAACGACUUGCAGACAGCCAAUGAAAAACUAGGCAGCACUGAAACCAUGGAGAAACAGCUUGAUGAACUAAAAACGGCUCUGAAUGAGCAAAUAGAAGAUGCUGAAGCACAAGCUAAAGAAUACCAGGACGAAACUGCUCGUACCCGAAACUACUAUGAGCAAAAACUUCAAGAAAACUACAAGGAAAUCGAAAGAUUGACCCAAGAAAUGACGGAGAGAGAUUUACUCACAAAAACUCUAGAAAAUCAGAUGCACGAGAAAGAAGCAAAAAUCAACAAAGUCAUCGAAGAUAUGCAACAAAAGUACCUGGCUCUCCAAAAACAACUCGACAAUAGAAUCGAAGAAAUGACAAACAAGAGCAAGGAUCAGUUGGAGAAAAUGAAGAAAAUAGCAGCCAACUUGAAGAAGAAAACUCAAGCUUAUCAAGAGCUGGAAGAAAAGUACCAAGAAGACAAGGAAAAGUGGGAAACAGAACUCAAUCUUAAGGAAACCUCCAGCAGCAACCAGUUAUCACAACUCGAAGCAGCAAAAGAAGAACUGGCCUGGAAGACUGCUAAAAUCGAAGAACUGACAGACAUGGUGGCAAGCCUCGAUCAGCAAAGAACCGAGCUGGAACAUACUCUGUUGCAAAUGAAGCACGAACGCGACAAGCUGAGCGAAGUGAGCUUGUCACGUGAGCUUUCGACCAGUCUCCAUGAAGAAUUCGACAAGCCCCUUCCUGAGUCCGCUAGUGAAGACAAAAUCAAGGAACUGGAACUCAUCAUAGAGACCAACGAAGCUGAAUCAGCCCACUACAAAGAAAGAUCCCAGAAGUUAGAGCAAGACGUUUCCAGACUCCUAGAAGAAAAAGAGUUUUUAGAAAGAAGACAGCUGGAACUAGAAGAUAUGCUAUCGAGAACGUCGAAGAGCAUCGAGGAGAAGUCUAUGAUAGAAGAAGAGUUGGGUCAAAAGCUCGAAGAAGCUAGCGCCAAUGACAAGAAGCUCGAAGAAGCUAGCGCGGAAAAUAAGGAGUUGGUGGAGAAGAAUAGAGAACAGGAAGAGCUCAUCUACAAGCUGAAGGUGAAACUGAAGAAAUCGCACGAGCGAGUGAAUCAGCUCAAAGCUUCACAGGCCAAUGUCGAGGAGCUGGAAACUUCCAACGAAAAGCUGCGACAAGCUUUGGAUCAGAUGGAUAACGCCCAAAAACACGCCCACGAAGAAUACGAGGCAAUGCAAAAGAAAUACGAGAUGGACUUCGAGAGGAUCGAGUCCGACUAUCAGGUGCAGAUGGAGGAGUUGUUGACGAACAAGAACGAGUUGACGGUGGAAUGCGAGAAGUUGCAGGAGACUUUGGGGAGUUUGAGGGAGAGAGAGGAGGCGCUUUUGGGAGAGGUCAGCGAGUACAAGAUUGCACUGGAAAAGCAGAACCAAGACGACAAUCAGAUUCAACAACUGAAAGAAGAUCUCACCGUUGCCACAAACAAUUUGGAAACCUCCUGCAAAGAAAUUGAGAUCCUCAAACAACAAAUUGAAGAACUACAAAAACAAAUAGUAGUCCAAGUCGCCGAAAGUGCAGUAGAAGAUGUUCUUCUUGAAGCGAAACAUCAAGUCUUCUUCGCUAACACCAAAGACACCCAAACGGAAAACGUGACAGAGAACAUAAUCCAAUUCCCUGAACAUGACCAACAAAAUGUCCCAAUGUUCCACUGGCCCACUAAAAUAGAAGAGAGCAGCGAGUCAUUUCUGCAACCAGUUCAACCUGCUUCCCAAUCCCAGAUCGCUGAAGUUUCAAAGGAAGAUCUAGUGCACCAGAUCACCAACUCCAAAAACUCAGCUACUCCUCUAGCCUUUUCUCCUCUUGAAGCCCAAAUUUUGUCAUCCGAAGACAUUGCAGAUGCAGCUAAAGAUCUGAAAGCCCAACAAGAAAUGGAAUUCGAGAAGUGCCAUCCAUUUAUCGGACAGCAAAAUGUAGCAGUAGUUGAAGAACUCAUACAGCCCAAAGAAGCCUACAUUUGCCAUCAAGAUCAAGAAGGAACCCAAGCUGCCUCUGAAGUCACAAAAGAACAGCUAGUGAGCAAAAUAAAGGCAUUGGAAGUUUUGUUGUACAAUGUCGACAGGGAGAAAGACGAAAUAGUGGGAGAAUGCUCAGGGAUGCUCACUGAACUAACCCGUUUGGUCUACGAAAAGAUAAUGUCUCAGGAACCGCAAGCUGCAGCUCUUGAGCCCCAACCCAGCCUAGAACUGGAGGCUCAGGUACAGUCUCCCGAAGACAUCGCGGCUGCUUCCAGCGACCUCAAGACCUUACAGCAAAUGGAAUUCGCCAGAUGCGAUCCGUUUCUGGGGCAGCAAAGCGUACAAGUUGUCGAAGAAGUGCAGCAGCCCAAGAAGGCCUAUCUCACCUACCAAGGCAGCUCUGAAGCCUUCGCUGAGAAUGACGAUGGCUGGGGCUGGGGACCAGAGGAAGCCAAACUGGAAGAGGAGCACUUGCACAGAGUCGACGGUACUCCUCAGAUGCAAGCUUUGAAGGACGAUUUGAGACGGCUGAAUGAGCAAGUGCAGGUACUUCAAGUGGAGAGGGAGAACCACCUGGAAGAAAUAAAACAGCUCCAAGUGAAGUCUGGGAAGCUGAUCAAGAAAUGCAAAGAGCUCAAGCAGAAGAACGAUCAGUUGGUGCAGAAAUCGGGGAAAUCUUUGGAGAGCUCUGGCUUUUUCGAUCUAGAUCAAGCAAUUAUGGAAGAGUUGAAAGCACAGAGCACAACACUUGAGAAGAAAGUCGAAGAGACUAGGAAUGAGCUUGAAAAGGAAAGGACAGAGAAGAGCACUUACCUUAGGAAGUUAGAGUCUUUAACUUCAGCAAAUGAGAAGCUCCUUGAGGCUAAAGAAAUCCAGAACAGUGAGGUUCUUCGAUGGAAAAGAAAGUACGAAGAGAUUGAAGAAAAAAUGCAGCAAAGCGAAUUUGGGAUCGAUGGACUUGCAGUAGCCAUACCAGCAACACUCGUUCCGAAGCAACCAGAAGAAACUAGUGGCGAUAGCAUCGAAGAACUACAGAGAAUAGUAAAAGAAUUGUCUUUGGACAAUGAAGAGCUUCAGACAUUGUUGAACGAGCAAAGACAACAGAGGAUAGAUGCAGACAAACAUAAGCAUUCUGGGAGAAGUGAGGACGAAUUCAUGAAGCUAAGUGAAGAUCACGAAGAAAGAGUGAGAAGUCUUCAGGAACAGACAUCUAUAAAAAUCUUUGAGUUAGAAACAGCUUUGACUGAGAAAGAAGGUGAGAUUACAAGACUCCAAACGGAUUUAAAUGAAAAGAUACUCCGUGUUCAGAGUUUGGAGGAAAGUUAUAAACAACUGGACGAUGUUAAUGGACAACUAGAAACAACAUUGACAGAACUAAAGCAAAACGCAGAAUCUAGUCAUGAUGGAAGAAUUUCUGAACUGGAAGCUUUGUUGACUGAAAAAACUAUAGUUGCCGACCAAUUGAAGACAGACUAUGAUGAUGCAAUCAAAUCGAAUGAAACUUUGAAUUUGCGCAUAGAAACUCUGAACACUGAAAUGGAGAAUACCAAACAAAAAUACGAUGAAACAAUUUCAAAUCUUCAGAGUGAGUUGAGAGAGCAAAUACAAAAUUCUCAACAAUUGGGGCCAGAAAAUAUAAAUCCUAUUGUUCAGCAGUUGACAAGUCAUCAAGCUAAUUCUAUUUUAGAACUGGUUGAAUUGCUUCAUACGACCCAAGCCGAGUUUACAAAUCUCUCUACUUCCUACAGUGAACUUCUCACUACAAGUCAUUCUUUGACUGAAAGAAUCAAUGCACUUGAGCAAGAGUUGAUAACACAGGCGCAGCACUAUACCGAUCUACAAAGCUCCAGCUCGAAAAACAUUCUGGAUCUUCAGACUGACCUGGAAGAAACGAAGCAAAAGCUUGAUCAACUUGAAAUAGAGAGCUCUGAAAAAAUUGUGGGAAUGGAAAAGGAAUUAAAGGAAGAGAAACUGAGAUAUCAAGAAUUACAACUAGCAACACAACAAUUAGAGGCACAAAAAGUAACAGAUCAUACUUCCAAAAUGUCCGAACAGGUGAGUCAUCUAGAAGAAUUACUCGCAGAAAAGGAAGCUAACAUCGCAGAAUUGAAGAACAUAACUGAAGAUCUGCAUACAAAACGAGCAAUUGUGGAGGAAGAAAUGAAAGAGUUGAAGAACGCUUUGAACGAGAAGCAAAUAGAACUAGAUAAUGUCACCGCAGAAGUGGAAAAUAAAUUAUCAAAUACCAUAUCGGAGCUCGAGCAGAAAUGGCAGAUCAUAGUUGAUGAGAGAGGGAAUACCGUGGCCGAAAGUUGGAAAUACCACUUGGGGGCUGUCGAAUCUGAAUUCUCCAGGGUACAAGAACAAUUGAAAAAUGAAAUUAACGAACUCGAAGAAAAGUGCAAUGCCCUGGUGAAUGAGAAUAACGAACUGAGAAAAAACGUUGAUACUGAAAUCAAAAACGAAGUCGAUCGCAUUUCCGCUCUACAGCAACAAAUAACAGACAGGCAACAUGCGAUAACUGAUUUAAACAGAAUCAUAAGUGGCUUAGAAACAGAAAGGGUAGAGAUACGCCAACAAUUCGAUCAGUUGCAAAACGAAAAAGUAGAGCUUGACCGGAUUCUAGCUCAGAAAGACGCUGAACUGUCCAGUUCCAAGGUCGUUAUAGAAACCACCCAAAAACAGUUCCACGAGAAGCGAGAAGUAAUAGAGGAAAUCGUGAAAAUAUUAGAAAGAAGAACCUCUUGGCCUUUGUCUUUCGAAAAAGAAGAAGUUUUGAACGAGUUCCAGAGACAGCUCGACUUGAUCCAAGAAAGAGAAGAAGAACUUGCUAGGCUCAACUCGCAAAUGGCCGAUUUACAAUCUCAUCUGCAAGAAAGAGUUGCCGAAAUUGUGAGGUUGAGUGACCUAGUGAAUAGCCUCCAGGCGGAAAAUAGUAUGAUGCAAGAAAAGGACCAGGAGAUAAGUAGAUUGAACCAGACUGUUGAACAUUUGCAUAGCCAAAUGUCUUCGUUACAACAGAAUGAACAGGAAAUCAUCAAGUUGAAUGAUUUGAUAGGACAGCUCCAGAGGCAAGAAGUCCAAUACCAGCAAACCGUCCAAACCCUCCAACAAGAGCGCGAGGAUUCCAAAUAUGCCGUCGAAGACUACAAGAAGAAACUCGAAGAGUUUAAACUCACUCACAUCGCCUUACAAAACUCCCUCGAAGAAAAGAACCAACAGAUAUCAUCUCUCAACCAACAACUGCAAAUCUGGGAAACUUUCAAGAACGACAGCAACAAGGAAAAGGAGAGGAUCGACGCGGAACUGUCAAACGUCAAGCAAGAAUACUACUCUUUGCAGCAGUCGUUGUCCGAGUGCCAACAACACUUAUUCAGCGUUACUCAGGACCUCGGAAAUAAGUCCCAUGAGCUGGAAACCUGCAACCAACAACUCGCCUAUUCCAAGCAAAACUCUGAGGUUCUCGAAUCGGAACUCUGCAAACUCAGGGAGUUGCUUCGCGCCAAAGAACAGGAAACGGUGCAGCAAGCUCAGCUGAGCGAAGUACAGAAUUACUACGAGGAAGUUAUAUCUGCCAAGGAUAUUGACCUGGAAAAGGCCAGAGUUCAGCUCAACGAGUCAAUUUCCAACAACGAAGAACUGUCCGAGAAGUUCAACAAUGAAAUGUCGGAAAAGCAACAAGUGUUGCUGGAAAAACGACAGUUAGAAGAUAAAUACGAGGAACAGAGGAUGCUGUUGGAAGAGGAGGACAAACAGUUGUCAGAGAUGCGGGAUAUCAUUCAAGAGCAGGUGGUGAAGAUUGAGGAGUUGAAAAAAGAGUUGUUGGACAAGAGCAAGGAUUAUGACAGCUUGAUUGCCGAAAUGGACAUGGGCAGUAAGCCUGUCACUCAACAACCGACUUCUUCCAUGAUCGAAAAUCCCUCUAUCGGAAACGCUCAGAGGUCCUUCGCGGAAGACGACAUGUCUGAGCCGGUGAACCGAGCCGAAUUGGACCUGGCCCUAUACAUGCUGCACCAGCGGGACGUGCGCUGCGAGGAACUGACCGUGGAACUGACGCAGCUGCUGGAGGAGCGGGACACGCUGCAGCUGAAGCUGUCGAACGCGUUGCGGGAGAAGGAGGAUAUUAGACGCAGCACGGCAGUGUCUGAAGAAAUGCCGUCAUCUUCCACUGCACAACCUUCAACACUACUAAGCAAAUCGUCCGCCAUUUUCCUAGCAGCUUCCGGCACUGACCUAGGAACUGAACCUCUUGAGAGCCCUAGCGGCGAUCAAAAUCUAGCCAGCAAGUUAUCGGAACUCAGGAGGGUGGGCUACAAAAAAGAUAAGACUUUUGUUGAUGAACAGGAGUUGAGAAGGUUCCAGCAAAUGUCCAUAAUGCAGCAGCACAUCAGUGAAGUUGACAGGCUGCCUGCUGAAGCAGCUGCCAAAUUGGUGGAUGCAAAUUACACACUAUCACGAGACGUUCAAAGUCCAUCCAAAGUUCUCCUCAACUGGCUGUGGGGACGAAGUACUCCGAAAUUGAACGAUUCAUAGCAGAUGCCAAGGAGUUGCAUGAAGUUCUCUAGAUGAAGUUGUGCCUGAUCGCUAACCCCAUUUCAAUAAAAUCCGGUCUUCAGGUAUUCAGAUUGGCAGUCCGGGUCCGAUAGAAAUUUGAAAGCUUUUCCGAAAGUUCCAUGUGAUAUCCAACAUAAUAAUAUAUACUUAAGUUCAAAUUUGUACAGUUUUUAUUUUAAAAAGCAUUUAUUAAUUGUUGUACUGUGAAUACUGAGAAUUGAAAAAUAAAAAAACACUUUUUGAA